AUGAGUAAACUAUGGUCGUCAGAUGAUCCAUCAGUUUGGUUAGCUGAAUAUUCAAGUUUAGAUGAUAAAAAUUCAUCUUUAGCCUCUGUAUAUAAAUCACGUAUCCAACAAUUAAAUAAAUCAAAUUUAUUAGAAUUAAAUAAUUGGAUUAAUGAAGAAUUGCCAUCUAUAGUCAAAUCACGUUCACCAUUUCAUAUAUUAAAAAAUGAACUUAGUCAAUUAAUGAAAUGGAAAUUAUUACAUGGUCAAUAUCGUCCUAGAUUACAACAACUAGUGGAAUCAAAUAGUGAAACAACAAUAAUUGAUUGUACAAAACGUGCUUAUACAAUAGCACAACAAACUUCUAAUAAUCAAGAACAAUAUUUAUCUCUAGUUAAAUCGGCAAUAAAAAUUUUAUGUGAAUUACAUGGUGUUGGUCCAGCGACAGCGUCAGCUGUAUUAUCUAUUAUCGAACCAAAUCAAUUUCCAUUUAUGGAUGAUGAAGCUAUGAAUUCUAUACCCAAAUUAAAACCAAUUAAAUAUACAAUAGAACAUUAUUUAUUAUUUGUACAAGAAAUAAGAAAAAAAGUACAAAUAUUACAAAAAAAUUCAUUAGAUAGCGAUAAUAAGCAAUUUUGGACAGCUAAUCGAUGUGUUCAAUGUUUAUGGUCUGAAAAACAUUCACAAACAGUCAGUAAGAAAGUCAAAAGAACAAAUAGUAGUGAUGAUGAGACAACAGCACGUAAAAAAACAAGAAAAUCAAAUAUAUAG